CACAAAUCCUUUAAUUUCCAUAAAUCUGCUUUCUUGCAAGACUCUGCCACAGGAAAGACGACACUGAUGCUUCGCUAUGCUUCCAAGGCGCGGUCCCUUCCCGCCUCCCUGUUGCUUGUCUUUCUAUUUGGUCUUCUGACAACAUUUUUCGUGUCCUGUGCCACAGCCAUCGAGACAUCUACAACUGCUUACACAGAGGAGCUGGAUGCGCGCACUUCAUCUUCGCACUCAAAUCUUCGUCCACGUACAGAUCAUACAUUCGAUAGACUUGCAGACUUGGAAGGUACCAAAGGGUCUUUAAAUGGCAAAAUACGCCCAAAAUCAUCAGAGCGUGACAUUUUUGUGCCGCCAGCAGCCGAGGAGGAGACUCUCAACCCUCUUCCUCGUUGUCCUAAGAAUGCACAUUACUCUUUCUGCGCGAUCGAGCCGAAAUGCGCUGCCACCUGCGCUGAACACAGAGACAGCCAGGAAAAGGAGGCAACAGGAGUGGUCAAAAUGUGUAACAGAAUGUGCUACCAGCGCUGUGAUUGUCUACCAGACUUUUAUUUACUCGAUGGCUUUUGCAUAUCGGAGGAAGCGUGCCUGUCGAUUGGGGAUGCCAAAACUGCAAGCAAAAAGAGACAGGUCAGGGAGGGAGGGAAGAAAAGGGGAAACGGAAGAAAAUCACGAGGAGGAAGAGAAAAGCACCGGCCGUGGAGGAAGCCCUGAAGGGUUUCGACCCAAAGAUGGACCGAAUUUUCCCCCGCGACGAUUCCCUCGAAGAAAGAGGAGGGAGGGAGGGAGGG